CAUCGCAUUAUCCUGUGUGUUUCAGUAUUUUUGGAGUAUAAGAUUUUGCUUCUUUAAAGUCGUGGUCCCCAAACGUGGCUUUAUCCACGUUACUAUUAUAUUCAGUGUCGUUAUGCUGGAAGCUACCGAGUAAAUUGGUUUGCUAUAAUACUGCCACCCACGCAUUAUCGCAUCUGUAUUCUCCAGAAAAUUUUAAGGAAAAGCGCGACGAGAUAGGAGGCGCAAUUUAGUUUAUGAUUGGGUUUUGUCGUCAGUUAGUUACCGGCCAUUUAUGCAAGCAAGCAACAGGUGCAUCGUUGGCUGGGAAGGGGUCGCUAUUGUUUGUGGAUGUAUGUGCUCAAUCAAUGGUGUGGUGGUGCCACGCCAUGACAUGCCGUACCAAAACCACCUCAUUUUUACCGACUGCUACACUCAAUCAUGUUCAGAUUCAGCCCAUGGCCCAAUCAUAAUAUUUGGUAUAUUACAGAUCCGCAUUCGCACCGGCAAAUUAUUGCGUGUGGACCAUGGGCUGGGCCCAUGACCCAUUACGAUUAAUCCGGAGGGCGGGAGUGCGGGCAAAGAAAAAAGGAGGGAGCGACGACGAAUCGCACCCGAGAAGCUGAGCAGCAGCAGUAACCAUUAAAGCGCUUCAGAUGUAUACUAACCAGAAGAAAUGUCAAGAGUUGGCCAGUUCCUCGUCUUUUUACAGCAAGAUAUAUUCAGAAGUAGAAGAGAUAGGGUGGAGGCAUCUUGUUAGGUUGGGGGAAGAUUUGACAUCUCUUAGUUUUCGAAUAAUAGACAAGAAGGGAAGAACACAUACUAUAAUGAUAGAAUUGGAUAAAGCCUAUCCAAAAUCUCCACCCUCAAUAUCGGCGGAUGUGCCAUGCAUCUUCAAUUUGCAAUGGUCGGCAAACUCAACACUAAAAGAUGUUCUGAAGCAGUUUAGACAGCAUCUGGAUAAGCUUCAACCCUUCUGGUCUACAAUGGAUGAAAUUGACGGCUCUCUUCGGGUUUUUGAUCCUAAACAUCCACGGCUUGCUACAUCAUAUCGCCAAAUAGAUAUAGGUAAUGAUUGCUAUAUCAUCUUGUCUAUAGAUCCGGAUGACCCAAAAGCCCUGCCAGAGUGCCACUUUAUUGGUUCAGAUUCAGAGGUGAACAUACUGCAUGGAAUGUGGAGGAGAAAUUGCCAAAGAUGGAAUAAAGACAAACCAUUUGCUGAAAAUCUCGUCAGUUUGUUGAAAAUUCAAUUACCUGGCCCUCCUGAUGAACAGAAGAGUGAACAGCAGUCUGAAUGUGGAAUUUGUUAUGCACCAUAUCUCCCAAUUGAUGAUGAGCUUGGCACUAAGAGUGGGAGUGGAACUGAUUAUACAUGUGAAAAUAACAACUGCAGUAAAGCCUUCCACAGUAUUUGCCUUGCAGAUUGGCUGCGUUCCAUCACAACAACAAGGCAUUCAUUUGAUGUUCUAUUUGGGAAUUGUCCCUACUGCUCAGAUCCUAUUGCAGUCAAAAUCAAUACCAAGAAGUAAAACAGCCUGGCAUUUUUUUGUGACCCCAUCAAAAUUAGCAUAGCCGAUUCUUCAGCUGGCUCCUCACAAGUCACAACAUUCAAAGUGGAUAUAUUAAAACAAGGUAAGAUCAAAUUCAUUGGGAGGUAAAAUUUUAGAACUGUCUGCCUUGAUAUAUGUAGUUCCUACAUUGUGUCUCCUUUCCCCAUAAUAAUAAUAAGAAGAAGAAAAAGUUCACAAUGAUUUUACUUGUUUGGGGCCAUUCUUCAGUUUCCCCUUUCCUCAUAUUUAUCUGAGAUGAUUUCAUGGGUCGGUCGUCUAUUGGUAAUUAACCAGAAAGUACUGAGAAACAGCAUAUUUAAUUUAGUAUAUGGUGUGUUUUGUCAAGUAUUGUCAGUUGAUAAGUAUAAUGUUCAUAUGAUUUGUCUGGACAGAACAUUGUAUUUCACUUUCGAUUAACUAAUUAUUAUUAUUACGUAGUAUUAUUUUAUUUGGCUAGCGUUAGUCAUGACAA